CUCUCCUCCCUUUAAACCCUCAGCAGCCAUAAAAUCUGUUUGCAGGUUUUGUCUUUUUUUAACGCUCCUCGGACGGACAGCGCAGCCUCUCCUCGUGGACCAAUAACCGGCUCCGGUCUGCGCUCUGCCCCCGAUCAGUAACGCGAGUUCCGGGGAACAAACCGAAGCGGACAGCGGACACUCGAACGCGACCACCAUGAGCUCGUCCCCGGGUUUGUUCUGCUGCUCGGUGCUGGUGUUGGUCUGCCUGGGUUCAGAAGCCAAAGAGAAGGACUUCCUCGGGCAGCGAGAAGUCACUUUCGACCUCGACCAGAUCAUGCAAGAGAUGCAGCAACCAGAAUCUCUGGUCCCGCAGGAAGAGAUUGACCCGUCAAAGCUCUUUGAUCCUAAAGAGUUACCCAUAGAGCAGAUGAUGGUGUCUCCACCACAUAUUAACUGGGGGGAAAGAGGUCGCCCCAGUUUUGGGCCUCGUUCUUUUGGUGGUCCUCCUAUGUUGGAGUACCCCGUUCAGUUUCCUCUCGCCCGGCCAACAUCCAACAACCUCCAAGCCAUCUGUCUUCAUGGAGACCAUCGUCCUCGUUACGCGAUAGACUCUUACUUUCCUCCCUCUGGUUUUGGUCAGCUGAAGCGUCAAGCCGAAGCUGUCAAUAACGUGGAGUCCUGGUUCGACGUUUGCUGCAAAGGAAACCAGACGUGGGAGACGGAGGUGACUCUGUGUUGCGCCACGCAGGCGUGGGAGCUGUUUGUGGAAACGUUCUGUACUGCAGACUCAUCAGUCAAGGAUCGCCUGUACGACUGCUGCAAGCACAGCGGCUCUGAUAGACUAAACUGCUUCGACAUGGACGCUCAGAACAAAAACUAUGAGGCAAAAGAGGAGCUGCCAGUGACGGCGAUUCCUUCUACCGUCAACUUUGACUUUGACCAAAACACCUGUCAGAGGGCCAAGAUGGCUCCUUACAGAGCCAGAGCAGACAGAAAAAAGAAGGAGAAGAAAGUGUCCACUUCCGAGAACGUCGACAUCAGCUUCCCUCCCGGUCGGCCGUCCGCCGACGCCAUGGAGUCGCUGUGCGGCCACCAGAAGCUCCGCCCCCUCUACCACACCAGGUGUCUUCCACGUUCAGGCUUCGAGUGGCUGGCUCGGCAGGCCAAGACGGUGAACCGCAUUGAGAAGGGAUACAGGCAGUGCUGCAAGAAGAAGCAGGGCGUGCUGAGCUGUGUCGACCAGAAGUGGAGCGAUGAGAUCGACAGGUUCUGCUCGACCGACGGCCUCAGUUUCAGCUGCUGUUCCAGCCAAAGUCCAGCUGAUCGAUACAGCUGCUUCCACUCGAUGUCUCCAGACCCACAUUACAACAAGACCUCUGCCCCCGAGGAGCUGUCGCUUAACAGCAUUUGUGACACUCACAAAAUCAUCGACAGGCGAUUCCCUGUUGGCUUCCCGCUGAAGCUCUUUGUGAAACAAUGCUGCCCCCUGGCUGAAGAAGAGAGGACUACUUGUUCUGUGCAAAAGGUGGAGGAAAUGUCAAGGAAGCUGUGUUCAUCGGGCGGCCGUUCUCCUCCGACUGUCCGUCAGUGCUGCAAGCUGCCUUCACAGGAAACGCCGCAGUGUGUCUCCAAAAUCAUCAUGAACGCCGUCAGCAAAGCCGCCAGCGUCUUACGUCAGAAGCACAGGAAGAAGUGCCCCCUCUCCUAAACGCUGCUGACCUUCAGCUGCUCAGCUGACGGGGAAUUAAAGGUCCGUGAGAUGAGAAGAAUAUUCAGAAUAUGGACCACGUUCCAGUGUUAUUUACCGUCAUCUGAGAUCACACGCACUGCUGCCGUUUAUAGUUAAACAAAUAUAUUGUGAAAUGCAGAGUUUUUAUCGCAGACUGCUGUCUGUGUCACUGUACCACUAUUUUUUUAUAGGCUGCUCCCUGCGUUUUUGAUUAUCGAUGCGUUUUGUAGAUUCCUUCGGGGCUUCAAGAUUAGUCUUCUUCUUUUUAUAUAGUUUUAUAGUUUAAGAUCAUGUAUGCAACAGUUCUAAUAAAACUUUGUAAAAUGUC